AUGCGCCGGGAGCUGAGCAACCGCAGGAAAAUCCUGGUGAAAAACCUGCCCCAGGACAGCAACUGCCAGGAAGUUCAUGAUUUAUUACAAGACUAUGAGUUAAAGUAUUGUUAUGUGGACAGAAAUAAGCGAACAGCUUUUGUUACCUUACUGAACGGGGAGCAAGCCCAGAAUGCAAUUCGGAUGUUUCAUCAAUAUUCUUUUCGAGGAAAGGACUUAAUUGUUCAGCUCCAGCCAACAGAUGCUUUGCUGUGUAUUACCAACUUGCCCACUUCUUUUACAUUAGAAGAAUUUGAAGAACUUGUUCGUGCUUAUGGAAAUAUCGAGAGAUGUUUUCUAGUAUACAGUGAAGUUACUGGCCAUUCCAAAGGCUAUGGAUUUGUGGAAUACAUGAAAAAGGACUUCGCUGCAAAGGCUAGAUUGGAGUUAUUGGGUAAACAGUUGGGAACUUCAGCUCUGUUUGCACAAUGGAUGGAUGUUAAUCUAUUGGCCCCAGAGCUCAUUCAUUCUAAGUGCCUUUGUAUAGAUAAACUCCCUAGUGACUACAGGGAUUCAGAAGAGCUGUUGCAAUUUUUUUCCAAUAUACAUAAACCCAUGUUUUGCCAGCUUGCACAGGAUGAAGGUAGUUAUGUUGGUGGCUUUGCAGUGGUUGAAUAUAACACUGCGGAGCACGCCGAAGAGGUUCAGCAAGUAGCGGAUGGCAUGACCAUCAAGGGGAGCAAAGUCCAAGUUUCCUUCUGUGCUCCGGGAGCGCCAGGGCGAAGUACGUUAGCAGCAUUGAUAGCAGCUCAACGUGUGAUGCACAGUAAUCAAAAAGGCUUACUUCCAGAGCCAAAUCCUGUACAAAUUAUGAAAAGUUUAAACAAUCCUGCCAUGUUACAAGUUCUUCUACAGCCCCAGCUCUGUGGGCGAGCUGUUAAACCAGUUCUCGGAACACCUCACAGCUUGCCUCAUCUGAUGAACCCAUCCAUCUCCUCCGCGUUUUUGCAUUUGAAUAAAGCACAUCAGAGCACCGUUCUGGGUAAUACUUCCAGUUUAUUCCUUCAGAAUCUUUCUCAUGUACCCCUGGCACAGCAACAGUUACUGAAGUUUGAGAAUAUUCCUACUAAUAACAAACCCGGCUUACUUGGAGAUCCCCCGGCCGUGGUACUUCAAACCGCAGUAGGGAUUGGGUCAGCACUUCCUUUGAAAACAGAGUUGGGUCAUCAUGGAGAAGCACAUAAAACAUCUAAUCUGAUUCCAACUCCAACAACGAUAACAGCUGGAAUGGGCAUAUUACCAUUCUUUCCAAAUCAGCACGUUGCUGGACAAGCUGGGCCAGGACAUGGGAAUACUCAGGAGAAACAGCCAGCCUCGGCAGGGAAGGCAGAAGGAAGUUUCUCAGGGUCACAGGCUUAUCUUCAGAGCUUUCCAAACCUUACUGCUGGAGGCUUGCUGACGGGACACCAUAAGCCACAGCAAAGUCAGCCAAGAGGCACGGAGAUAAGCUCAGGGGUGGCCUCUAAGAAUCAGACUUCACUAUUGGGAGAACCACCAAAAGAAAUACGGCUCAGUAAGAAUCCAUACCUGAACCUGGCAAGUGUGUUGCCCAGUGUGUGCUUAUCAUCCCCUGCAAGUAAAACCGCUCUGCAGAAGACUGGAAUUGCCAGCAAUAUUCUGGAUGCAAUCUCUCAGGGAAAUGAAUCACAACACACAUUGGAAAAGUGCAUUUCUUAUUCUCAACCUUUUGGUGAUUAUGCACAGGUAUCCUCUUUGAGAAAUGAAAAGCGAGGCUCAUCAUAUCUCAUCUCUGCCCCAGAAGGUGGUUCUGUGGAAUUUGUUGACCAGCAUUCUCAGGGCACAGGAGCAUAUUACAUGGAAACCUACUUAAAAAAGAAGCGCGUAUACUGA